GUGAGCGCUCGAACUCCUCGCAGAUGAAGGUGAACUCAGUUUGGGUGGCUCAACAGAACGGACAAGAUGUGCUGGUUGGUGACUUUGUCGAUUCUCGUUUCUUUGUUGGUGUUUCUUGCUGGCACAGCCAACGGGCUCGAGUGCUACGUGUGUGACAGCAAUGUGUCGCCCUCAUGUGGGGAAACGUUUACCGCCGAAGCCGACGAACGAAGCAAAAUGCUUACGGAAUGUCAAGGCGAGAAAAACGCCUGUUUCAAAAGGCUGAACAAAGACACGCUCAAACAACAAUUAAUGGUUACUCGCGGCUGUUGGUCGACUUCCGAAAACGACAGUUUGGAGGCAUCUUUCUUCGAGUGCUCUGACAUGAUGAAGGCAGGGACUUCAUGUUUUUGCAAGACAAGCCGAUGCAACGACGCCGCGAGUGCCACACUCUUACUUCCGUUAGCGGUUCUGGGAGUCGUCGUCCGGUUGCUGGUUUUAUGAUAAAAGACUUAGUAUUUAUAGUGAAUGUCUAUAAUAGUAAUUCUUAGAUAGAUUUUAGUUAGACAAGAUUCGCAUCAUCCAUUUCUGUUCGUAGACGAGUCGCGUGAUAUCAGUAGUAUAAAAUUGGUCGAAAUGAGUCGAUGCAUUUGACUUAACCUAAAUGUUUCAACGGUGGAUUUGUUUUAGCUGGGUAAUUUAAUUACUUUUGCAUAGGCGCUUGCAAGUCGAGUAUGAUAUUAAUAACAAAACUCGUACUCAUGUAUGUAAAUAUAAGAUGCCAUUUGACCCAACAUUAUUUUGAUAUGUUGUGAUUAUAAAAAAA